ACCAGUUAACGGUAUCGGGCAGCAACCAUUUAUAACCGGAUAAACCCCCCGCCCCGCCUUUUGCUCUGUUUUCUUUUACGUCCAAAACAUUUUGAGGUUUCUCCGAUCAUAACCCCAAACCCAACACUGCCGGCGGUAAUGAUUGAGACUAAUGGAGGAAACAGAAAAUAUAGAGGGUCGCCACGUGCAGUAAUGACAACCAAAACAGUUGGAUGGCCAUAAAUUGAUUACGUUUUUAACUCGUUUUUUGUUGGGGUUGUUGCUUGUAGUAAUAAAACUUGCCAACUAAAAACAUGAGCUCAUUUAAGUUACUCAACCACUUUCUCACCCUCAGGUCGUCUACACCUCUGUUUUACGCUCCAUUUCGCUUCACUUUGUGUCGCUCCUAUACAGCUAUUCGACAUUGUUUUUCUUCUCAUAAAAACCCUAUUUUUCUCUCCUCCCAAUCUCGGUUAUUCUCUUCUGCUUCAAAUAUUAGUAUCUAUAUGGAGCUGGUUAAAGAAGUUGCCAGCAAGGGACCUGAGUCCCAGGAGAAUAUUGCAAUACGAGCUGAUGAGAAGAGCUAUACUUACCUUCAACUGAUAUCAUCUGCAAGGAGGACAUCAAAUUUGUUAAGCAACCUAGAUCUUAAAAUUGGCAAUGGCAUAAAAAGAAAUGUGGAUCUUGAUGGAGCAAGAGUAGGAAUUGUAGCCAAACCCUGUGCUGAGUUUGUUGCUGGAAUACUAGGGACUUGGCUAAGUGGAGGUGUUGCAGUCCCUCUUGCGUUAAGUUACCCGGAAACCGAACUGCUACAUGUGAUGAACGACUCGGACAUCUCCGUAAUUCUGAGUACUGAAGACCACCAAGAACUUAUGAACACAAUUGCAGUUAAAACUGGUGCCUGUUUGUCUCUUAUUCCUCCUAUUCCUGAUGCCGAUUUAUCGACCAAGCAUGACCCUCCAAAAGAUAUGGUGUCUGAUGGUCCUAGAAAUUUGCCUCAAAUGACAAACUGUGGUGAGGAUCCAGCUAUGAUCUUGUACACCAGUGGUACAACAGGGAAACCAAAAGGAGUAGUCCAUACACACAAAGGAAUUUUAGCUCAGAUUCAAAUUUUAGCAGAGGCAUGGGAGUACAUGUCCAAGGACCAAUUUCUGCACUGUUUGCCACUUCAUCAUGUGCAUGGGCUCUUCAAUGCAUUACUUGCCCCUCUUUAUGCUGGUUCCACGGUCGACUUUAUGCCAAAAUUCAGUGUGAGGGGGAUUUGGCAGAAAUGGCGUGAAUCUUAUCCUACAGAUGGGACUAAAACUGAUAAUGCUAUAACAGUGUUCACUGGAGUUCCUACUAUGUAUACACGAUUAAUACAAGGUUAUGAAGCAAUGGAUCCAGAACUGAAAGCAGCCUCUGCUUCAGCAGCAAGGCACUUGCGUCUUAUGAUGUGUGGCUCCUCUGCACUUCCUUUGCCCGUCAUGCAGCAGUGGGAAACAAUUACAGGUCAUCGGCUAUUAGAACGUUAUGGCAUGACAGAGUUUGUGAUGGCAAUAUCUAAUCCCAUUAAAGGCAAACGCAAAGGAGGUACUGUUGGCAAACCCUUUUCUGGUGUCCAG